AGGGGCUGAGCCCCGAAUGAAUUGUGAUCCUAGCAACGCCUCUGAACAACAUUCAUAUAAAUAAACCAAAAUAGGUAUAUUUUGGCAAAUAUAAAUGCACUUCGUGAGGAUCCUGUCUGGGGGUGGAGACAAAAUAGUUAGCUGUUAUUGUACUGGCUACUGUACCGAAGCAAUCGACUAGCAGUACUAAGAAAGAAGUUGCUGACAGCUGGAUAGCUGCAACGUCAGAACAGGGAAGCCGAAAAGGGAAGAUGAGUCAAAGCGAGCAGCCUCAUGAUGAAAUCCCAGCUUACCUCAAAGACGAGCCUCCAGCAGACAGCAGCAAGGACCACCCAGCCCCCCAGCCAGGCAUGUUCUCCAGAGUGACCGGGGGCCUCUACAGUGUCACUAAAGGUGCUGUGGGGGCCACUGUGGGGGGCGUGGCUUGGAUAGGAGGGAAAAGCUUCGACCUGACCAAAUCCGCCGUCACCUCGGUGGCUGCUGCACCAGGCAUCGGUGUGGGUCUGGUGAAAGGGGGGGUGUGUGCUGUAGCUGGAGGCGUGUCCGCAGUAGGCUCUGCGGUGGCCAGUAAAGUUCCUAUUGGAGGGGGCAAGAAGAAGGACAAGUCUGACUGAGGAAAGGACUGGCGGUGCCGUUGUGAGCCUCGCGCUCGUUGUUUCCGUUGACCGUGUGGACGGGGCCUGGAGGAACCCAGCAAAGUUGUUUUGUAGUUACUUUCCUUGGAGGGCUCUUAGCUCUGAUCAGUGAGUGUCUACACAUCAGUCUUGUAUCAUGUGACCUGGGGCUGCCCUACCUGUCUUUGUGUGUAAUGUUGUUUCUGAAAUAUGAGUGGACUGAAUGAGAAUGUUGUCUUUACUGUAGAUGGUGUGGGGGGGGG